AUGCCGCCCCAUAGAUCUACACGCCAUGUCAACAACGCAACACCUCCACCACCACCACCACCUCCAUCAAUGGAUAAUGCCGCCUUGAUAGCUGUUGUAACAGCUGCAGUGACAGCAACAAUGGUACAGAUGAGUAAUAAUGGGUCCGAAAGUGGAGUAAAUAGCUCUACGAAUGGCCAACACCAGGGUCGUUCAGGGGAUUUCACUUUCAAGGACUUCACCAAUAGCAAGCCCAUAACUUUUAACGGAUCUAGAGGGAUAAUGGCUCUAUCACAAUGGAUAGAGAAAACAAAAGCGGUUUUUGAGAUCUUUGCAUGCUUGGAAGUGCGCAAGAUAAAAUUUGUCGCUUGUACAUUCUCUGAGAGAGCUCUGACAUGGUGGAAUGAACAUGUCAAGUCACCAACUCUGGUAGUGGAAAAUUCUAUGGGCUGGGAGAAUCUAAAGCAAAUGUUAAUGCAAGAGUAUUCUCCAAGGGGCGAAGUACAAAAGCUAGAGCAGGAACUUUGGGGCCAUACUAUGGUAGGCUCUGACAUCACAACCUAUACCAAUAGGUUUAGUGAUUUGGCAAUCAUUUUCCUAGGCAUGGUUGCUCUAGAGAGCAAGAAGAUCGAAAGAUACAUCUGGGGACUCUCACCCCAGAUUCGAGGAAGUGUACUAGUUUCCAAACCAGUCACUUUUGAUAGCGCCAAACAGUUGGCACAAGCUCUAAUUGACCAUGGAAUCUGUCAAGGCCUCGCAACUGCUAUCCCUGAGCAAACCAUAGGAAACAACAACAACAUCAUGGCAGUCCCUGCCGCUACUGCCCCUGCUGUUGCUCCUGUUACCUCUACGCCAGCAAGGCAGUAUGCUGGGAUCCUACCAAAAUGCAGCAAAUACAAUCUUCAUCACAACGGAAAUUGUCGAGAGAUGCACUGCAACAACUGCAACAGGAAAGGGCACACUGCCCGUUUCUGUAGGGCACCGACACGACCAAUCACCCGAGUCCCAGGAGUCGGCAUGGGCCAGGCGUGUUAUGCGUGUGGUGAGGCUGGACACUACAAGAGGGACUGCCCUAAGGCAAGGAAUGCUGGCGGCACAGGAAGAGUGCUGUCAAUAGGGUAG